GAAAGUUGAGCGAUGGUAGAUGUAAAGUUGCUUGGUCUAUGGUAUAGCCCUGCUAGUCACAAAGUUGAGUGGGCUCUCAAAUUAAAGGGAGUGAAGUAUGAAUUUAUAGGAGAAAAUCUACAAAACAAGAGCCCUCUACUUCUUGAAUUCAAUCCUGUUCACAAAAAAAUUCCUGUUCUCAUUCACAAUGGCAAGCCCAUUUGUGAGUCAAGUGUGAUUGUUGAAUACAUUGAUGAGACAUUUGAAGGCCCUUCCAUCUUACCUAAAGACCCUUAUGAUCGAGCUUUAGCUCGUUUUUGGGAUAAGUUCCUUGAUGAUAAGAUGGGAGCAGUGGUGAAUACUUUUCUCCACAAAGGAGUGGAGCAAGAGAAAGGUAAAGAGGAAGUUUGUGAGAUGUUGAAAAUUCUUGAUAAUGAGUUAAAGGAUAAAAAGUUCUUUGUGGGUGACAAAUUUGGUUAUGCUGAUAUUGCUGCAAAUUUUGUGGGAUAUUGGCUAGGAGUUUUUCAAGAAGCCUCUGGAGUUGAAUUAGUAACAAGUGAAAAUUUUCCAAAUUUUUGUGCUUGGAGAGAUGGGUAUGUUAAUUGCAGUCAAGUCAAGGAAUAUAUGCCUCUAAGAAAUGAUUUGCUUGCUUUUAUACAAGCUCAUGCUUCUAAAACAUAA